AUGCUCCAGCGGGAGCAUCCAUUCUUUUGUCGCAAGGCAUCUGUAUGUUACAACCUUCUCCGUGGCUUCCCGCCUUCAUCCACAGUUGAACAAAUCCACGCUCAGGUCGUCAUUCAUGGCCUCUCAGACAACGCCUUCUUGGCCACCCAUCUCCUCAAAUCCUAUGCAAAAGCUGGUCGCGUUUGCGAUGCUCGCCUUCUUUUCAACUCUCACUCUAAACCGGACAUCUUUCUCUGCAACGCCAUUAUCAGAGCUCAUACCCACUUUGAGCUAUGGCCCCAAGCUCUGCAACUCUAUCUGCAGAUGCGACGAAAAGGCGUUCUUCCUGAUCACUUCACCCUUCCUUUUGUUCUCAAGUCCUGUGCUGCCCUUUCGGCCAUCAACAAUGGAAAGAAGCUUCAGCGAACUGAUUGGAAAUUUGAGCUAGCCGACAUUAUUGAGGAGGAUAAGCUUCAACAGAGCAAUCUACGACUUGGGUUGUCGGCCACCAAAGAGGGUCAGAAGAUUCAUCAAUGGUCGGUCAUUAGUGAUGGUGAGAAGCUUAAACAAACUCCUCUACAACUUGGUUUAUCGGACAUUAGUGAGGGGGAGAAGCUUCACAAAACCGCUCUGCAACUGAGAUUAUCGGCCAUUAGUGAUGGUGAAAAGCCUUCACAAAGCAAUCCGCAAACUGGGUUGUGUGCCACUAGAGAGGGCAAGAAGCUUCACAAAACCGCUCUGGAGCUUGGGCUGGAAAGCAAUGUCUAUAUAGCAACAGCCUUGUUGGAUUUCUAUGCAAAGUCAGGGGAUAUGGACGCUGCAUACAAGGUAUUCGAUGAGAUGCCUCAGAAAGAUGUGGUCACUUGGAGUGCUAUGAUUGCAGGUUACAGUGAGCUUGGGGACUCCAAUAAAGCUCUAAGAAUGUUUCAGAAAAUGAGAUCAGCCCCUGAUUGUGAAUAUAAUGAAGUAACCAUUUUGGGUUUGAUCCCUGCUUUUAAAGGGUCAGUCAAGCUUUGCAAGUGGGUUCAUGGGUUGGUGCUCAAAUCAGGCCUGGGUUCAUUUCACCUUGUCGUAACUACGCUAAUUGAUGCAUACGCAAAAUGUGGAGACCUACUGUCCUCUCGAGAGCUUUUCAAUCAAGUUCCUCUCAAGAACAUAAUCACUUGGGGAUCCAUGAUCAAUGGGUAUUCAGAAAAUGGCCAUGCUUUUGAAGCUUUAGACCUCUUUUAUACAAUGUUGGGCUCGUCAGGUUUAGAUCCAGAUCAUGUAAUGGUGGCGUGUGUGCUCCAAGCCAGUGCACACUUAGGCUCGGUGCACCAUGGGAGUCGGGUCCAUGCCUAUGCGACCAAAUACGGGCUCGUGUCUCACUCCCUGCUGGGGUCUGCCCUAAUUGACAUGUAUGCAAAGUGUGGGUGCUUAGAGAGUUCGCUAUUGGCCUUCAAAGAAGUUAGUAAGAGAAACGUUAUCUCAUGCACCGCAAUGAUCAGUGCAUAUGGGAUGCAUGGUUAUGGAAAGGAAGCCAUCAAGCUCUUCAAAGAGAUGGAACUGGAGGGGAUUGAACCAGAUGGGGUCGUUUUUCUAAAUGUUAUAUCUGCAUGUUCGCACUCGGGUUUAAUAGAAGAAGGUUUACAUUGUUUCCAAAAGAUGGUUGAUGUGUAUGGGAUCAUGCCAUGUCCAAAGCAUUAUGCGUGCAUGGUGGACCUUCUAGGGCGAGCAGGGCUCACAAAUGAGGCAGUCGUAAUCAUUGAGAGGAUGCCUCAUGCACCAGAUGCUUCCAUGUGGGGUGCUUUGCUUUCAGCCUGUAGAAACUGUGGGGCUAUUGGAGUUGCAGAGAUGGCUUUUAGAAAGUUGGUUGAGUUGGAUUCAUGUGAUAGAGAGUAUUAUGUGCUCUUGGCUAAUGCAUAUGCUGCUUCUGGGAGAUGGCGUGAUGUUUCUAGAGUGAGAAAGAGCAUGAGAGAGAGAGUGGUCAGGAGCAAAACACCAGGGUGCAGUUAUAUUGAAGUGAAUUGCAGAGUUCAUGUGUUUUAUGUUGGCAAUACUUCUCACCCGGAGUCAGAGAACAUAUACUGCAUGCUGGAGAGUAUAUUUGGGCAAGCGAAAUUCAAAGAAAAUGGAUUUGAACUUUGA